UGGAUCUUCCAGGUCGCCUGCACCAAUUGGAAGCGUGUGUUCAUGGUUCUGACCAGUGACGGCCGCUACACUGACCCACUUGCCAUCCCUGCCAAUGAGGCUCAUGUUGCAGGUAACCUCCGCACGCUCUCUGAGUUCUCAGUGGCGGAGAUAAACCAUCGUCUUCGCAGCUACCUCAAGUUCGUCUUUGUGCGUGAGCCCUUUGAACGCCUCGUGUCGGCCUACAGGAAUAAAUUCACACGAAGCUACAACACGGCCUUCCAUAAACGCUACGGAACAAAGAUCAUCCGCCGGUACCGGACUGACCCCGAGCCCGAAGCCCUCGAGAAAGGAAACGACGUCACUUUCCGCGAGUUUGUUCAGUAUCUCGUAGACCCUCGGACACAACGGGAAGAACCUUUCAAUGAGCACUGGGAGCGGGUGCACUCCCUGUGCCAUCCCUGUCUGAUCCACUAUGAUGUGGUGGGGAAGUACGAAACUCUGGAACCAGAUGCUCAGUCUGUCCUCAGAUUAGCCAGCGUGGAAGGAACAGUUCAAUUUCCAACAUCUGGCAAAAGCACCAGGACUGAUGGUGACAUGGCAGCACGCUUCUUCAAGCACAUCAGUCCUUUCUAUCAGAAGAAACUGUUUAACUUGUAUCGCAUGGACUUCAUGCUCUUCAAUUACUCCACACCGGAGUAUCUCAGGAGUUGAU